AUGGGUAUUCCUGAUUUUCUAAAGUUUGCCGCACGCUCUUCGCCCAGGGCGUUAUGCCGCGUACCACGCAGCGGUACACCGUCCAGCACGCUGCGGUUUGAUUAUAUUCUGGUAGAUGCAACCAACGUCGACCAGACAAUUGGUAUUGAUGAGCUUAUUGAGUUCCUUAAACUCCCCACCAUUACCGUACGAAAGGCCGUUAUCUUCGCUUUAGAUUCUCAACGGAGCCGAGAGGGGACUGUGCGGCACCAUCGGCAGACGCACACAAUGAUUGGUGAUCUGGAUGUUCGUGUUCAGCGGAUGUGUACUGUCUUAACUAAACACUAUCAAUCCCAACUUCAAAAUGAAUCGGACGAAAAACGUCGCGGCUCCACGCCCUUGGUCUUGAUAAGUGGUCGCAACGUCGCUGGGGAGGCGGACUACAAGAUUUUGGACCUUCAUCGCACGAUUACGGCUGCCCAUUUGCUGGCUCACGAGCGUACUUUACCCAGUUUUCUUUUCAUUUCGGAAGAUUCAGAUAUGCUCUGUGGUGCGCUGUGCGGUCCCGCACCCCACACCAUCGGCAUCGCCACCAAUUUGCGCAGCACUACAUUAGACCUGUGCAUAUUGCGAGUGGAGCAAGUUCUGGAAUACAUUGCGGAUUGCGUCGAGACCUUCAAAGUGGAAAAUGAUUCGGUACCAGAAAAGACAGACAGGGGUACCCUUGAACAAACCGCAAACGCUCAACCCAUCAAGAAAACUGGAACUAAACCUCAGGACACUCUUUUGAUGUACAAAGAUAGCGAAGAGACCGCACACGACGACGACGAGGAUGUUCCGCGAAGGCGAAAGAAGGAUGGUCCAAACAUUGCCACAGGAGUUCAGAUAAAAUUCUCGUACAGCAGUAGCGACGACGACGAUGAUGUGAAGGGUAACGCGUUGAUGGCCACCGUCCUUGGGUCAAAAAUUACAGCACCGGUGCCGAGCCGUGAAGACGAAACAGCGUCUAUUGGUGAUUCCCGCAACGACCUGUUUCUUAGCAAAUAUUACAAAGAAGCCGGCUAUAUUCUUGAGACAACUUGCGUGGAUCUUGUGUUCUUGUUUGUUUUGAUUAUGGGGAAUGGUGCCAAUGUUCUACCUUUGGGGAGGGGUGUUACCAAAGUUGACAUCGCCUCCUGUUGGCAGGCCUACUGCCAAAAAAAGUAUCUCAGCAUGGCUGCAGAAGAGAAGGUCAUGGGCCGCACACUGCUUGAUUUUAGUAGCUCUGUCUCAGGGAUUUCCGUCUCGUCCAUGAAGGAUUCCUCCAACGAAUCCCAGAGCCUAGUCUCGCUAUCUCUGGAUUGUGGUUAUUUGUAUUCGAUUUUAAGGUCAGUGCACUAUGCGGAUGACCAAUCCCGCUCACCGGUCGAAGAGGAGAAAAGGGCGGCGCAAGGGUUUCUAUCCAGCGUUGUAUAUGUGACCCUGCGCUACCUUAUUGGGUGCAAUCUUGAAGGAGGGGCCAUGCUCACGGAAACUUUCUUAGAUUCUCGACCACUCCUCGAAACGGAGACAACGACGCCGAAUUUAGCGGCGGUACUGUGGGUGCUUGGUCAACAGCAGCGGUUGUCUUUUCAGUUCUUGCUUGGUGACUCGGGACUGAAAAAUGUUAAUAUAUGCGCUGCUCUUGAUGGCCAUAACUCGGUGAAGGUGGUUCAGACAGAAAGCAAGGCUACGAACCCUUCUUCAUCGCUCCAACUCGACGUGCGGGAGGCUUUAGUCUCACCAGCGCCCCCAUCCUCUUGGGCGGUGAGAGGAGCGGGUAGCCGUAGCUAUUUUUUGAAGGUGUCUACAUCGAACCGCAAUGAUCCUAUUUUAUUUUCUUCUAUACCUUCCGAAGACGGCCGUGGCGUAUCGGUUGCUUCUUUAGUGCAGCAGUAUGCUACACAUUGCGCCGAGACUGCAGCCACAACGGACAGAAAAUCUAAGAUCCAUAUGUCUGUAUUUGGCUCUCUUAUUACAACGUGGAGGCGUAGCGUGAUGAUUGCUAUUCCGCACCUCCAGAAACUCUCUAACGCGCGCAAUCUAACAGGUGGGGAUUCCCUCUCAAAUCACGUCGGGCCAACCCACAGCUACACCCUAUCUGGAGUCCCCAGUACGAACACUAGCGCUGCAACCUAUGAGCAGGCGAUCCACCCCACGGAUACCGAUAACCACGCCGCAGAAGAAGAUUUAGUUUACAGUUUUGAGCUUCGUCGUAUGGUGCCCAUUCUAGGCAGCAAACUUGGCCAUCAUAAUCGGUUGGGGAAUGAUAUCAAGGGGAUUCUCUCCUCUUUGACGGAUAAACAGGCAGCCCUACAUUCAGUACUUGGAAUUUCAUUGGACUAUACACGCCAAAAUUUGGAGACGCCCACUUUACAAUCUGAGCCCAUACAUCAUCGGACUACCAGGAAUAGAGAUGACAAAGAUCAUGGUGAGCGCAUCCGUAUUUGCAAAGCCACCAAAAAUGAAAAGAACAAAGGGGAUCCAACUGCACCAAGGGUUAAAGCCCCCAAGGCUCAGCGGAAAUCACUUCCAACUUCUGCCGCUCAUUCGGUUAAUAAGUCUAAAAUGCGUCCAGGUAGGAAGGAACGAAGGAAAAUGGCCCAGCAGCGGCAGGCCACAAAUGCCGAAAAAUAA